AUGGGACAAUUGCUUUCGCAUCCAAUUGAAGAGAAACAAUUGGACUACAAGACCCAUGCCAAGCUCUCCUAUAGCGUUGGCGCCAUGCAAGGGUAUAGGAUGUCAAUGGAAGAUGCCCACAAUGUCAGAAUCAACGAAGACGAAACCAUUGCCGUGUUUGGAGUGUUUGAUGGACACGGAGGCAAACAAUGCGCCGAGUACCUUGCCGAACACUUGCCCAAAUAUAUUUUUAGACAAUUGAUUCGCAAGCGAAGUAAAUCUCGAAACAGGAGUCACAAUAAUGAUUACACCCACAGCCACAAGCACCAGCAUCUGCACCAGCACCAGCACCAGCAACAACACAAUAAUAGUAACUCAAAUAGUCAACAAAGAGCACAGCUCCUGAAUGGCGAGGUUUUGCGGUUGUUGAAGCAUUCUUUUUUCAAGACUGACCACGAACUUUCCAACUAUGAUAACUUUAUCAAUUGCGGUUCAACAGGGACUAUACUUGUUAUUAUAGAUAACAAAUUAUAUGUGGCAAAUACGGGAGACUCGCGAUGUAUUAUUUCCACCUCGGCAGGUGCAGCCAAGUCGCUCUCGUAUGACCAAAAACCCAACAUUAUGGGUGAAAGGGUGAGAAUUGAGAAUAGCAAUGGGUAUAUUGUUAAUGGCCGGAUAAAUGAGAUUUUGGCGUUGAGUAGGGCGUUUGGAGAUUUCAAAUUCAAGAUUCCAUACCUCACUGCUACCAAUAACAACUAUAUAAUAGAUAACAUCAAAAGACAAGUAGAGGAAAGAGACAAGGAGCGCAGCAAUAAGAAAGCACAACAACAACAACAAGAAGAAGAAGAAGAAGGUCGAAACGAUCCGCAACCACAGGGUUCAUCUACAUCGUCGUCAUUGAGCAAGCACAAGGUGCAGAAGGAUAGACAGAGUUUAGGAAGUCAUGAAUACAUUCAUAUUCCACCAGAAUCAUUCCAAGUCACUGUUGAACCUGAUAUACUUAUCUUUGAUAUGAAUGAGCAGCCCACACCAGAAUUCAUUGUUAUGGCAUGCGAUGGGAUCUGGGACUGUUUCAAAAAUGACCAAUUAGUCAAGUUAAUUCGAGAUAAGCUAGUGCUCGGGUGGAAAUUGAACAAGAUUGUUGAGUAUAUCCUUAAUGAUAGUCUUACCAUGGCAAAUAAUUAUACCGGAAUAGGAUUUGACAAUAUGACGUUGAUAAUCAUUGCAUUGCACCUGGAUGGGAGAGUUGCAGAGAAUAUCGAUGAGUGGUAUGCCCAUAUGAUUGAAAAGAUUGAGAAAGAGAAGGGUCUCAGGUGA